GGAACACGUUCUUGACAUGGACAAAUAUUACAACCUAUUGAUGCUACACGGGUUUAUCAGCGUAUUCUACAUAGUCUCCGUGCCGAUAGCUACCGACACUACAUUCUCACUUUGUACUCAGCAUAUCUGUGCGUUGUUCGAAUGCCUACGCUGUAACAUAGAGCGCAUACGAAGCUCGGAUUUCGUAUUGAUCGAGCCAAAUAUUGAGAACGACGAAGCGUAUCGUGACAUAAUUCGUUGCAUCAAAUCCUACAAACGUGCCUUAAAACUUUCCGAUGUGCUCUCGUCUAACUAUGCAACAUCAUUUCUCUUUCUACUGGGAAAUGUAAUUAUAGGCUUAAGCUUCGGCGCGGCUGAGUUGAUAAUGGUAGACACUCAAUUGGACGAAGACAUCAGAAUUCUCUCUGCUACUUUAGCGCAAUUGCUACACAUAUAUUGCCUGUGUUUUAUUUCUCAAGGAUUGAUCGAUCACAGCAGCGGAAUUCGAGAUGCAAUUUACAGCUGCGACUGGUACAAGAUUUCAAAGAGAUCGAGGCAUCUCUUGAGAUUUACAUUAAUGCGUACUACUAAGCCGUGCCAAAUAAAAGUUGGUAACAUGUUCGUAAUGUCGAUGGUGAACUUUAGCUCGAUUUUACAAGUAUCCAUGUCGUAUUUCACGAUGCUUACAUCACUACAAUAAAAAUCGUAACUCGAGGUGUACAAUGGAAUUAUAAAUCUAUAGCCUCUGGGAAUACAUGUCAACAUCAUUGUUGUUCUCAUUUCAUAUACUAUAUAUAUUAAAUAUAAUUAAUUAUAUCAAACGUUUUUCUAGUGCA